AAAUUAAAUAGAUGCCCAAAAGAAAAAGAUCUGCUGCCACCAAACGAGCUGCUAAGAACAAGAAAGUAGUCUCAAUCAUUGAAGAAGAGAAGGAGCAUUCUUCCUCUGGAGAGGAGGCAGUCGCUCCACCACCACAGCCUAAGAAGAUCCUUAAGAAGAGAGACAGAAAGGCAGAAAACAAGAUACCCAGAGAGUUGGAUAUCAGAGCAUCUUUCCCACUAUUUGCUGGCAAAACAAUGCAUCUCGGUACUCAGAAGGGAGAUAUAGCCAAUAGGGUCAUCAUUUGUUCGGAUGAGAAGAUAGCCUUCAGGCUUUCCAAGUUCUUUGACAACCCUAAUGAAGUUAGACAGAUCAAUUCUCCUAGACAUUUCAUUACUUAUACAGGACUGUUUAAGGGAACUCCAAUCUCAGUUAUUGCAAGCGGAAUGGGACAACCUAUGAUUGAUUUCACUAUGAGAGAGACUAAAAUUCACCUUGACGGCCCAAUGGCUUGUGUCAGAUAUGGCUCAUGCUGCAGUAUCUCUAACUGUGCCGAAGGGGAUGUUGUAGUAGGCACAGACGGUGCCUUCAAUGUUACCUUUGAUCUUGAGUCAAAAUAUGGAAAAGAUGACACCAAGGACUACUACAGGAUCUCUGAUAUUGCUGGAUCAGACAAUUUGCUUAACGCUCACCUUAAGAAGGCUAUUAAGAACAACCUCAUGAACCCAGAACAGUGCAAAGAAGGUCUUCUGGGAACUUCAGACUCCUUCUAUAGUAGUCAGGCAAGAUAUCACACUAAGUUCCUUGACAAGAAUGAGAAUCUAAUCAAUGAGAUCCUUAAAAAGUACCCUAAAGCUAAGACAAUCGAUAUGGAGUCCCAUACAGUUAUCGGGACUGCUCUCAUGGCAAAGAAGAAAGAUAUCCAUGCUUCAGCUGUCAGCUUAGUCGUGGUCAACAGGAUGCAUUAUGGAGAGCAAGCUCCUCCUGAGAAGAUGCUUGAGACUCAAGAUCUUGCUGGAUAUGGCAUAUUCAAAGCUUUACAUCACUUCGAUUUCCCAGACGGUGAGCCAGUCGACACCAUCGCUUUGAUUAAAAAGAUCAAAACCGCAAAGUAAACGCAUAGAUACUUG